AUGCCAACUUCAGGAUUAUGUUGUUUGCUCAAUAAUAAACGGUUUGAAAAUGGAACAUAUGAAUCAAUGCUUGGUCAACUUUACAUGAAGGAAUACACUAAAAAGCGUGCUUCAUUUGAAGAAGAUUUACAAUUACAGUUACUAUCUGGUAAAGUAACAGAAAACGGUGAGGUAAAUAAAAUGUUCCCGGCUGAUAUUCCAAACGAGUAUAAAGGCCCAAGUAUAACAAUAAUAAGAGAUUGUUUCAUUUACGAUUUCGAGAAAAAGCAACACUUGUAUACAUGCAAGAUGAUUGAACAUUCAGCUGAGUGGAUAUCUAUAGAUCACACUUUUAAGGUUGCGGCGAAUAUUGGAGCAAAUCGAAAAUGUGAUUCACAUUGGGAAAAGCAGUACGAUUCUAUGUUCUGUGUCAUGAAUGAAAUCGGUUGCGUAAUAGCAUGGCAAUUAACACUUGGUACGGCAUUCGAUAAAGUCGAAGAUCUCCUGAAAGGACUUCACUGUAGAUUUCAGAACCAAGACCGGAAUAUAAAAUUGUGUUUUACAGACAAUUGUUGCACGUGGAAACGAAAACUCCAAUCCGUAUUUGGGAAGGAAUUAAAUGUGAAACUAGACUUAUUCCAUGCGGUUCAACGAGUUGUGAAGAAAAUUUCUAAACGACACCCUUUUAGUUUUAAUUGCGCCCAAGCUUUUUCUCUCAUAGUACGUCAACCACAUGACCAUGGUGAAAGUCGCAAGGAGAAUACUCCCGACCCUGAAACAAUCAACAAACAACUGGAUAAUUUUGUCCUUACCUGGAAAGAUGUUAUUUAUUUAGAUAAACCGGUUUUGACAUUGGAUGCAUUAAAAGAGAUUAAGAACUUGCGAGAACAUAUUAAUAAGGGUUGUUUGUCCAAUAUUCCGCCCGGUUGUGGCACAGAACGGAAUGAAAAUCUACACAAAUGCAUUCGUAAAAGUGCAAGUAAAGUGCGCAUUGGUGUACACCUGGCAGUAGCUUUGUUUACAACCUUCCUUUACGUUUGGAACGAGAAAAGAAAAAAUGCAGAUCGUACCGGUAAAAAAACAAAGUUUCUGCCAAUUUUUGAUAUCGACAAUGCACCAUCGCUUUGGUCCACAAAACCAUGUAGCAAAGAAACAUUUGGAGUGGGAGUAUCAUCUGAAAGACGAAUUAAUUCAAAGGAGGAAAAACUACCACCAUCUUAUUGUGAUUUAUUUUCAGAAUGCAAUUGGGAUGCGGAAGGGCAGAACCUGGAUGAAAUUUUAAAUAAUUCGGAUUUUAAACUUGGAAAAGAAGACGUGAAAAAAAUCUUAGAUAGGGCAUCGAAUAUUAUGUCAGUAGUGGAACUAUUAGAAGCGUGUAAUGGCAGAAACCGAACAUUUAACACCGAAAAUGCACAUUUGAUGUCAAAUCCAGCACUUUUCGCUUUUGGAACUUGCAUUGAUAAGACUGUGGAAGAAAAGGAGAGUUUGGAACGAUUGCAAAACACACUGGCUUCAUACAACAUGGAGUUGGUGAACUCAUCUUCAGACGGUGACUGUCUUUUCACCUCAAUUAUAUUUGGUCUAAAACAAAUUGUGUCAUCUGGAAAAUACAAAAAGUAUAAUGAACAUCUGAAAAACUUAAAUUUAUGCUUUGAUUUGGAUAUUAGCUUGAUUGUACUUCAUUUGCGCAAUUUGUUGGUUUCUGAAUGGCUAGCAAAUGCAUCAGAAUAUGAAGAUUUUGUCACUAGUCAGGAAAUAUCGUUCGAAGAAUUAGCAAACUCAUACAGAGGACGAGGUGUUUUUGCCGGAGAACUGGGAAAUAUUAUGGCAGUUGGACUGGCAAACGUUCUAAGAAUAAAUUUGGUACUUUUCACGUCAAUGGAAAAAGUUAAAACUAUACCAAUAGUACCAAGAGAAAAGGUAUUAUGCAAUCAUGCACUUUACCUGGCUUUUAACAAUUGUGGAUGUGGACAUUAUGAUGCUGUUGUAGAGUCAGUUAAACAGGUUACUAGUACAGAUGAAGAAGUAUAUUCUACUGAAAAUGAGGCAUCGGAACACGAAAAUCAGGAAAGAAAAAGUUGCCGUUGUGGUAGGGGAGCUGCAAGACAAAACAAAGAGAAAAUGUUUUGUUUUCAAGUUCCAGGUGAACGUCGGUCACAGUGCCCUUGCUUACGUGAAAUGAAAAAAUGUUCGUCGGCGUGUAGUUGUUUUAAUUGCAACAAUCCUCACGGAACAAAGUCCGAUAACACCACAGAAACAUCAACAUCCCAGAAACGAAAUCGUGAAAAGCAAUCUCUACAGGGAUUACGAAAGACAAGUUUGGAGUACAUGUUGCAAUGCGGCGAGAAACCAAAACGAAAGUGA